AUGACAGGCACUCUCGUAGUUGAAGACCCGAAACUGCACGUAUCCGGGGAUGGCUUCAUGUUGCUGCAAGAUGUUCGGAGGCAACAGCGACUCGACAAGAGUAUUAUUGCCCUGGUCGUACACAAUGGGGAUGGCCGGACCGUUGUCGUGGGUGUAGGCGGCGGUUUUGUACUCUUUUUUGGUAUUUUUUGCAUCUACCAGACCUACUGCGACAUGACCACGGCCGGAGGUGGCUGGACGCUGGUCUCCAGUGUGCAUGAGGACGACAUGUACGGCAAAUGUACGGCCGGGGAUCGCUGGUCCAGCACCCGCGGGAACAACAACAACUACCCCGGCGGAGAUGGCAACUGGGCCAACGUGCACACUUUCGGCUCCAUGGGGUCGGCCACUACCGACGACUACAAGAACCCAGGCUACUUCAGUAUCAGCGCCUCCAACGUCAUGCUGUGGCACGUGCCGAACAACGUGCCGCCAAAAGAGUACAAAACUACCGCCUACCUACGGUACCGCACCUCCGACGGUUUCCUGGACAGCUACGGAGGCAACCUGUACUCGCUGUUCAAAGAUCCCUUCCCCAUUGGUUACAACUUGGGCACGUACACUCACGACAACGGUCCUGCCAUCCCCAUUGUGUACGACCAGGGUAACGACACUCUAGUGGAGUCACUGUUGCCUCCGGAAAUUGUUUCACAUAAUGAAGCAAUCCCCGGGUUCGUGCAGUUUCGGGUGUUCACCAACCAAGGAGCGUGCCUGGCGGUUUGUCCAGGAGUCAACUUCGUAGGUAUCAACGCAGAGCACGUGUGCGUCGGCGGUGGAUAUGAUCCACGCUAUAAUGGUAGGCAAUGCGGUGACUACGCGUCCAAGGACUGGGAUGGCUACGGCACGGGCGUCGGCAUGAGUUCUACUCAGCUUGUCACGGAGUCCGUCAUCAUGUUCUUUUACCGCUAAGAACUGGCGCGCGAUUGUAGGACAUACUGGCAACAUGCACUAUACUGAUUGUAUCACAUUGUUUUAAUUCCCUAUUCAUCGGUAUACUUCCUAUGCAUUUUGUUGAAUUGUGAGCUCAUCAUAAGAUUGUGAAGCUAACCAUCUCUUUUUAAAGAUGCAGUCACUGCUUCAUCGACCAUUCAAACAUGUUGAUGACUUACUUUACACAUAAUCAUGAUUACCUGUUACACCAAAUAUGGACUAUACAUCAAUAGUCUAAAUAAUGUUAAGAUGAUAACGAAAAUGUUGUAACAACCUUCAAUAAAACAACGAUUCAGUUAA